AAGGAAGAAAAGGUGAUGGCAACUUCUCCCUUUGUGGUUCAUUCUGUUUCAGAAGUAAGCUCAACUGAAUAUUUGAAAGCAUAAAGAAAACAGCAAACUACCAAAGCUAUAUUUUUUUCCUGAAAAAAAUAAUCAUCCAGACCCUUGGUUCUUCUUUUGAACUAAUACGUGCAACUGGUGGAAUGUGGAGAUGGAUUACAUCCCACCAAGGGUCAAGCUCAGUGAUGACACCUUUAUCUUCCUAGAUGGCAAGUGGGUGAAUGAGACAUGUGUUCAGUCAGCACUUUCCUCCACAGCAGAGGCCCACAGAAAACAUACCAAUAAGAAGGUCCAUAAUGACUGGACCCUCUGGGAAGAGAACAAGGCCCUCUGGGAAGAGAACAAGGCCCUCCGGAUGGAAAACCGCGUUCUCCGCGAAGAAAAUAAGGCACUCCAGUGCCUGCGGAUGGAGAACAAGGGCAUACAAGUUAUCUAUGAUGAGAGCCUCCAGCAAGUCCUUCAGCAAGAAAACAAACCUUUAUCAGCCCUUCCAGUCCUAACAGGACUCCAAGAUGGUAUAGAAAACAAAGCCCUUCAAAUCUUUCGGGAAAAGAAUAUGGCUUUGAAAGUCUUCCCAGAAGUAAAGAGACAAACUCCAGUAAUCCAAUGUGAAAAACAACCUGCACAGUUAUUGGGGAAGGAAGAUGCCACACCCCAGGAUGCUAAAGAGACUGUAGUCUCCGAAACUAACAAUAAGCCUGCACUACCUGAGGCAGAAAAACCUGAAGAGAACAACACAGUGCCAAGGAAGGAAAUGAAGAUGUCCAUAUCGCCCUUGGAGGAAAAUGAGGCACUUGAAGCUGUCCAGAAACUGCAUCAAACUGUACUAUACCUCUUAAAGGAAAACAGUGCGCUUCUGGAAGAAAAAGAGGAGCUUCAAGCUGUUCAGGGAGGGAACAAAAUACUUUGGGAGGAGAACAAUAAACUGAAGCUUCAUCAAACUGCCAUCAAAAAUGCUUUCAGUAAGAUUACUGCUCAAAUGAGCUUACUGGAAAAGGAGCUGAAUUCCUUUGCUUUCACACAGGAGGCAGAGAUUGGAAUAAAGAAGCCUAAGAGUUGCUGAAGCUUGAAGGGCUCCUGGGAGAGAUGUUAGGCUGAAUGCCAAGUAGCUGACCUUUGUGAAAUUCUCUCUCUCUUGUGGCAUAAAACCUAAUAAAGUACUGUUGAGG